AUGUAUUUAGGCACAGCAACUUUACUGUACUUUGCAGCCUUGCUGAGUCCGAUCGUCGGGGAUAGCGAUGUUAGUGUUCCAGAUCGCUUCAUCAUCGCCUGCCACACGACCGACUUCGAAUGCUUCAAGCGACAGUAUCGCUCCCUGAGGGACACCGCGCUGCUGGGCAGCCUGCACUUCGCCAUCGACUACUACAAGCCGUACCUGUUCAAGUACGGCGACAGUGGGACCUGCAUCAAGCUUUCGGGCCUUGAAGAGAGCGAGCUGGUCGGGAUCAGCAUGGACAGUGGCAGCAAGGAGUUCCUUCUGACCCUGGAACUGCCCCUCCGUAUCCAGGAGACGAGCAACAAGACCGACAUCUGCAUGAAGCCUGAUAUAGAAUUUAAAAACAUCCAACCACAUACCGGUCCCUACCGGAGCUUCGACGGGAACGCAACGAUUAAAGCGACCUUCCCAUACGAGCUCCGAAAAAGGAAGGGCGACGCGUAUUUGUUGCUGAAAGAGGAAGACUUGGACGUGAUCCUCGACAUACCGGAUACGCGACCUCUGGUCAGGAACACCGAAAACGGAGGAAACAACUACGAGAUAUCGGAGUGGGCGUACGAAGUAGUGGAGCAUAUAGACGCGGCUCGACACUUCGCCCUGCCCUACACAACGAACAUACGUCUCUUCACCUCCACAGUGCCCCUGCACAAAUACCUUCUGCUCUAUCCGGAAGAAGAGUACACCGAACUGAAAUUCUCCUUCUACGAUUCCGAU